ACGCGACUUGGGCGGCGGCGGAGACGCGUGGCGGCCCGGCGCGCGGGGCGCCCAUCCUGCCCGCGCUGCUCACGGCAAAGGGUCGGCCGCUGGCCACGCUGUGGGAUCGCAGCGCGAUCGUGCUCGGGAAGGGGGCUUCGCUCGCCGCGGCAGUUGCCCACGCGCCCGAAGCGGAGCCGCCGGCGCAUGCCAGCAGCAGCGGGGGCCUCCAGACGCCCCCAGUCGCGCACUCAGCGGGAGGCUCGCGCACCAAAUGCUUCCGCGACGCAGUGGCCAAGGGGUCCACGGCAGUCUUCCCGGAGUGGAAGUCCGAGGGGUUUAAGUCGGCGGCCUGGCCGCUGGAAAAGGUCUCGGAGCCAGGGCACACGCCGCGGCAGAGGCGCUCCAGGUGGAGGUCGGGCCAUGGGCUCACGGCUUCGGACGAUGGAGUGGACCACCAACUUGCCAUCUCGGAGGUCCUCACGGAGCUCACGACCUACGACCAUCUCCAUGCAGGCGAGCGCGUGGCGGCGGAGAUCCUGCCCCGGCGGGGUCAGCUCUGGAUGGAGAUGUACGCUUCUUGCCUCCGCGAGGCCGAGGCUGGCCAGGACGCUGCCCCGUGGCUCGACGAGAGGGCGAUCUUCCUCUGCCAGGACAGGAGUCGGGGGCGGGCGCUGGUUUGCCCUGCCCCUGAGAGCUGGGUGGCCGAGCAGCUCAAGGAGGAGUGCGCCAUCUGCAAGGAGCGCAGGCGGCGGCUGCCCGGGCCAGAGCGCGCGGCCGCGGCCGCGCGCGCGGGGCCUGAGCCGCCAUCUCGCGCCAGGGUGGCCCCCGGCCCUGGCGAGAGUUUGCAGGGGAGGCGAGGUGUGCCUGAUGGUGACGCCGCCUCGCUGGGUUCUGGCGAUGUCGGUCUCGUUCAGAGAGACGCGUUACCCGCGCCGCUCGGCUCGGCGGCGCUCCAGCGUUUAAGGGAAUUCUCGGCCCUCGACGGCGAGCUCUCGCUGGGCCAGCGGCGCAAAGCCGCGCGCUGCAGGCGCCGGGAGCGCUGGAUGCUGGCGGGCGUCUCGGCGCGCAACGAGCUGGGCGGUGGUGGGCGGGCGGCUGGGCGCAGCGGGCGGCCGAGCCCGGCGCGGCCUUCGGCGGUGCAUCACCGGGCCGAGGUUUACGCUGCAGUGCCGCCCAAGACUGAUAAUUGCACCAACCAGGUAUCUCUUCCCACCGGCGGCGCGGGGCAGGUCGACAUUGCGCGGCUUCUGCCCGAGCACCGGCGGUCCGCGCUGGAGUCAGGGCAAGGGUUGCUGCGUUCAGAGCAGGAUGCUGCCGCCGCCUUGGAGGAGGCCGAUGUCACGCAUUACGUCGACAGCAGGCUGGCCCAGAGGGGCCGCGACUACGGGCGAUUCCUGCUGGAGCUUUUCGAGGCGGGGAUCGUCGAAGUUUUGGAACGCGAAACAGAUCGAAGGGAGGAGACGGGCAUCUUCUACGUGCCACGCAAAGAUGACAAGUUGAGGCUCAUUUUUGAUACCAGGAGGGCGAACUGUCACUUCAGGGCGCCCGAAUACACGCACUUGGCAUCUGGCGACGCCCUGAGCAGCUUGGAGCGCGCGCCUGGCGAGGAGGUGCACUUGGCUGCGGGCGACGUGGAGGUCUACUUCUACCAGAACUUGCUGCCGGGCUGGGCCAGGAAUUAUUUCUGCCUGCUGAGCGUGGCGACCCACUUGUUUCCCGCUCGGCUGCGGGCCGCCCUGGGACCUGUGGCCGCUGGGCGAGCCAGGGUCGAUUUCCGGGCACGCGCGGUUCCCACGGGUUGGAAAUGGGCCUUGCAUUUCGUCCAGACAGCGCGCCUGACCGCCUUUGCCUCGGUCUCGCCUGACAACGCCUGGCCGGUGGACAAGCAGCCCGGCACUUGCCUCGCGGGGGAUUCGGAUGCGGCUAAGGUCCUGCACAUAGACAAUUUUGCGGCCCCCAGCACCGGUCGCGAGACAGCGAUGCGAGCGGUUGCCGAGAUGCUCGAAGCGCUGACCAGUGAGGGCGCGAAGGCGUCUUUGGACUUGGACGUCGUACUUCUCGGGUUCACGCUUGACUCGAAGACUGCUAGGCGGCGCCCUGCGCCCAAAAAGUUCUGGAGGGCGCAUGGCUGCAUUCAGCUCUUACUGGAGCCAGGGCGACACAUCACGGGGCGCCAGAUGGAGAGGCUGGCGGGGCACAUCGUCGCGCUGCUGCUGCUUCGGAGAGAGGCUCUUAGCCUCCUCAGCGCCGUCUACCCGUUCAUCCGCGAGUCCCACGAGAAGGCGCAGCCGCUGUGGCCCAGCGGCAAGCAGGAGCUCAGGCGGGCGCUGGCCUUGCUGCCCACAGUGCUUGCUGACCUGAAGGGGCCUUGGCACACGGAAGCGGGGGCCGUCGACGCCUCCCCGUGGGGCGCGGGCGCCUGCACUUCGCGCUGGCCUUUAAGCGCGUUGCAGGCCACGGGCAGGCAGCCUGAGAAGCUGCGCUUCCGCGGGCCCAUGGCGACUCUGGUGGCCCCGCGGGAUGCAGCCCUUGCUGACGAGGUGAGCGCCGAGCUGCUGCGCGACGCCACCUGGGCCACGGCUGUG